CAUCAUCACGCUCAACGGCUUCGCCCCCAUCAUCAUCGAGUUCUUCGAUUACGCGGCAAACAGGUGUGCGACCAGCCGGCAACCAGCGGCGCCAUCUCUAUCCCCCGACACUGGAUAAUGGCAUGGCUAAUGGCCUAUGCGCGGUGCGCCCGUCAGUGCCCGUGCUCCCAGGCCGGUGCGGCCGUCACAGCUGCUUGCUCAAGGCGGCGUGUUGGCUGCCUGGUUCGUGACCUUGAUUUUUCAUAGAGAUAUAGUAGAAUCGGAUAUAGUGCGAGAAGCCAAUGGUAUUGCAAUGAGAUCUCAUAAUAUCAGUCUAUCCCAUGAGGAAAGGGAGAAGGCAUUAUCCAUUAGUAGAUCACUGGUAAAUGUUAGAACUGCCGCAUUGAAUAAUAGCAACAGUGCUGGUGAACGUAUAAAGGACAAAUAGUGCAAACACUGACUGAAGCUGGUGGUCAGGUUGAU